AUGUCGAAGGCACAUAAGUCAAGAAAGAAAAAGGGUGAUCCGGAAAUAGAUCCUAAAAGGAAGGCAUCUUUGGAAGCAAAAAUCAGGAAGCAAGUUGCUUGUGAGGAAAGAGCUUUCAGAAUUGUGGAAAAACUUCUGGAUAAUCCAAUAACGGAGGAGUAUUUAAUUGACUGUGCAAAAUUUAUCACUCCAUCACAUUAUGCAGACAUUACCAUUGAACGGUCGGUUGCCAAACAGUGUGGGUAUCCAGUAUGUGAGAAUGGUCUGAGUAACAUGCCAAAACAGAAAUAUCACAUCUCAACUCAUUCCAAUAAAAUAUAUGAUAUAUCGGAGAGGAAGUGUUUUUGUAGCAAUUUUUGCUACAAAGCAUCCAAGUACUUUGAGAACCAGGUGCCAUCGUCUCCAGUCUGGACCAGAGAAGGUGAAAUUCCUCCAGACAUUACGUUACUGUCCAAAGACAAGACGACAAAGAAGGAUUUUAAAAUUGAGGGCGCUGGUCAAGAAGUAGUACUAAUAUCCCCAAAAGUAAAAAAAGAGGAUAUUAAUCAAGUUACGGUCAAUCCUGAUGAUGUACCGGAAGUUCCCCUUGAUGAACUGGCUGAUGACUUAUCCCAGCUACUCAUCACGGAUGAGGAGCAUAUGUCACAGAUCAAAGAUAGAGCAGAUGAGGAAACAAGAUUUGAGAAUAAAUCAGAGAUGAAUGAAGUGGGGACUAGUUGUCAUGGUAAUCAAUCAAACGCUGGGGGAUUAUCUGCCAGUGAUAAAGUUCCUUCAGAAGAGACACAUGAAGAUUUGUGCAUGGAGCUGCAAAACAAACAGAGGUCGGUUGUGGAGAAAGAGGAUACCGCUGCUGAUGAGAGUCAGCAACAGAAAGUUGGAGUAGUGGAUAAUUUGGAGCAAAGAACAAAAGAUAGUGUAACUGUUAAACCAAAGACUAAGAAGAGGAAACCUAAGAAAUGUUUGGAUGUACCAAUAAACAAAAGUCUCCCAUUAGAAAUUGUUAGAAAGACGCUUUUUGAAUGGCGAACUGUGGAGGCAAUUCGGUUGGUGUUCGGUGAUGAGACUGCAAACAAGUUAGCUGCGACACAACAAGAGCUGGUGCAGACAUUGCAGCAGCAAAGUAGUCAACCAUCGGCAAAUACGGAGAUAGUAAACAAUUUGUCUGAUUCGUCUGUAAAUGCAGUAGCACAACAACAAACAGAACAGUUAGCGCAACAGUCAGUCAACAUGAGUGAGGAAGAUCGGGCCAAAAACAAAUCUGUUGCUGGGAUGCCAGGGGAAAAAGAUUAUGGUCAGCUGUUGCAGCAACAGAAGAGUAACAAACUUGUUGCUGGCGAGAAAAAAAUAUCUAGAGAAGAAGCGAUUUUUGAAGCCAAAGUUCAGAAAUUUUACAGAGGAACUGUUUUGAGCAAAAAAGAAGAUGUAAAGAGAGAAGAGAAGGUAUUGUGA